CCAACAAGCAGUUGCUCGACGGCGUCAUCUUCUGCCACGGACGCCACUUCAUCAUCGCUAAUAAAUGAAAGCCUUCGCCACAACCGCCCUCGCCCCACUCUUUCUCCUCUCUUCUCAAGCGUAGGGGAGGCAAAAUGGGAGGCUCCCAGCUGCUCUCUCCCCCUCCGAAGCUCCUCGGCUUCAUUCUCUUCCUUCUAUGGCUGCAAGAAUUCUACAAAUUGGAGAACGUACUUCUUCAUAGCUUUGCGCUGGUGAAUCAGCAAAUUGAGGAAAAGGAGAACACUUUUAUGCUUGCUGCUUCUCCAAAUAGUGCGCCACAACCUUUCCUUCCUCUUCUCGCACCUUCCCCAAUGGGGACACCAUUUUUCCACAACAGUACUCCAAAGUUAUCAGGGCGGUGCACAUUAAACUUCACUUCAGUUGACAGUUUAAUGAGUACAACUGCUGUUGAUUGCUGGACCUCUUUUGCUCCUUUCUUGGCCAAUGUAAUUUGCUGUCCUCAGUUUCAAGCCACUCUUACUAUUCUAAUAGGGCAAUCAAGUAAAGAAACAGGGAUGCUUGCUUUGGGUUCUACCCAUUCAAAAUAUUGCCUAUCAGAUAUUCAACAGAUACUUGGAAGUCAGGGAGCUAGUAGUGAUCUUCAAGAAAUUUGUUCAAUCCACUCAUCUAACCUUACCAGAGGAUCCUGCCCUGUAUAUGAUAUCAAUGGGUUUGAGAGUGUUGUCGACUCUUCUAAACUCCUGUCUGCGUGCAGGAAAGUCGAUCCUGUUACUGAAUGUUGCAGUCAAAUCUGCCAGAAUGCAGUACUAGAAGCGGCAAAUAAGCUUGCCUUGAGAAAUGGUGAAUUGAUGGCAAGCUUCUCUAUCAGUAAUAGUUUAAUUGAGCAUUCAUCUAAAAUUGAUAGUUGCAGAAGCAUCGUCCUUAGGUGGUUAUCUAGUAGACUCAAUACAGCAUCUGCCAAACAAUUUCUGAGACGGCUAUCCAACUGCAAUGUCAAUAGAGUUUGUCCACUGGAUUUUCCAGAUACCAAGGCUGUUGCAGAAAAUUGUGGCAAUAUGAUUAAAAACAAUACUACCUGCUGCCAUUCUAUGGAAAAUUAUGUGUCCCAUUUACAGAAGCAAAGUUUUAUAACCAAUUUGCAGGCUUUGAGUUGUGCCACCUUGCUUGGUCUGAAAUUGCAAGAAAUGAAUGUUAGCACAAAUAUUUAUAGUUUGUGUCAAAUAACUCUCAAAGAUUUUUCACUCCAAGCAGUUGGAACUCAAGAGUCUGGAUGCCUUCUUCCAAGCUUGCCGUCAGAUGUAACUUUUGACCCAUCUUCAGGGAUCAGUUUCACUUGUGACCUGAAUGACAACAUUGCAGCACCAUGGCCCUCUGCAUCUCAAAUAUCAUCAUCUUCAUGCAACAAGUCUGUUAAUUUUCCAGCACUUCCAGCUGCGACAUCUUCACAGUUUGGUCUAAUUGCAGCAGAUAUGAUGCUUAGAGUGGUCUUUUCUUUAUUAUUGUUACUUGUGAUACUGCUGUGAUAUGCUUGUGCUCCAAGAAUGGUAAUUUAUAAUGAUGCCUCCAGACAUGUUCAUGCUGGUCUUCAUAUCGAACAGAGGUUAGCCUUUGAUGGUGGGACUUCCCAUCAUCUUCAACAACAUGCUGCAUCUGUUAGAAAUUUUUACAUCCAUAUUUUUGGUUCCCUGAUUGUUGCGAUGAGCAUAAUAUAUCUUUGUAAGAUAGAAAAGAAAAAAGUUUCAUGAAAAGGAGUGUCCAUGUAAUUAAUUACAAGUUUUUUUUAAUCUCAUUGAAAUUUCUUC